AUGUCGUCCGCUGCCAUGUCCAAGAAGAACAAGGGUAAAAAGGUCGCCGACCCGAACGAGACCUCGAAAUUGUUGGCGGCCAAAAUCUCCCAGUUGGAACAAGAUGCUGCGGGGGAAAAGGACCAGGAGCAGGAAAUUGAGCGAGAGGUCAAGAAAGCCACUCGAGACCUCAAUCAACUGUUGAGUAACAUCGAAUCCCCCAUGACCCGACUGGAGACCGUCCAUAAGAAAUACACCGAGUUGCUCGCCGAUAUGAAAAAGUUGGAUCGCGAUUAUUCCAAGAGCAAGAAGCGAGCCGACCAGUUGCAGAAGGAUCAGGACAAGGGUAAAUCGGAGUUGAAUAAAACGGUCACCAUGAAGGACAAACUGGAGAAACUAUGCCGCGAACUCACCAAGGAGAACAAGAAGGUCAAGGACGAGAACAAGAAACUGGAGGAGACGGAGAAGAAGGCACGGCUCAUUGUCAACGAACGCCUCGACUCGCUGUUGUACGAUAUUCAAGAUGUCAUGGCCGCCAAGGGGAACCCCCGCAACGAGAAGUUGGAUAUUGACUUGGACGAAGCUUUGCGCGCCAAGAUCAAGACCAUCGGCGAAAAGUUCGAAAUGCGCGAAUUACACUACAAGUCCCUCCUUCGGAGCAAGGAUGCGGAGAUACAAUGCCUGACCGCCAAGUACGAAGAACAACGCCGAGCCGCAGAGAACGAAGCCGCCCGAUGCCGUGCGCUCAGCUCGCAGGUGUCCACCUUUUCACAAACCGAAGCCGAAUUGCGGAGCCAGCUCAACAUCUACGUCGAGAAGUUCAAGCAGGUGGAAGAUACGUUAAACAACAGUAACGAGCUGUUUCUGACCUUCCGCAAGGAGAUGGAGGAGAUGUCGAAGAAGACCAAACGCCUGGAGAAGGAGAAUCUGACCCUGACACGCAAGCACGACCAGACCAAUCGCAAUAUCCUGGAGAUGGCGGAGGAACGCACACGGAAUCACGAAGAGUUGGAAAAGUGGCGCAAGAAGAGCCACCAUCUCGAGGCCCUGUGUCGGCGCAUGCAAGCCCAGGGUCGGGGACAGGGCCUGGCCGCGGAGCUGGGCGCGGAUGACGAGGGGACGGAGAGCGAAUAUGACGAAGACUACGAAGACGAGGAAGACGACGAGGAGGGCAUCAGCGACGACGAUGAGGACGAAGACGACGAGGAGGAGUACGAGCUGGACAGCCCGAACCGCGGCUUGAACGGCGACCGUCACGCGCCACAGCAACCGGAAAAGCCGGUCUUUGGACCGCCGCCGCCGCCGAAUCUUUUGGAAGCGCGUGCCAACGGGAACAAGGCCAUGAUCAAUGGAUGUCAUUAG